AUGAACGCGGACUACCAUCAUGUGCUGGACAACUGCGAGGAAGCCUGGGUUGCGUGGACAGGUCUGAAGACGCUGUACGGUGGGUCGCAGAAGGCAGGACGCAUCUACCUCAAGCGACAACUUUUCAGUACCAAGAUGGCUGAAGGCGCGAACGUCAUGCAUCACUGCAACGAGGUCCUCAACAUCUCCGCCAAGCUUAGCGGCAUCGGUGCGAAGAUGGAAGACGAAGACGUUGCAAUUUGUCUGCUACUCAGUCUUCCGAAGAGCUACGAAAAUGUGGUGCUCAACAUGGAAAUGAGCAGCACCGAGCUUCGCACUCAAGAUGUGGUGAGAGUCCUGACGAAUGAGCAUGCCAAGCGUCAAGGAGAAAAAGGGACAACGACAGCGACUACGGUGAAGGCUGAAGAUGCAAGCAAGGCAUUCAGCGCCGAGCGUGAGCCCUACCAAUGCACGUAUUGUGGCAAGGUGGGACACACGGUGGAUCGUUGCUGGACAAAGCAGAAGAACGAAGGUCGGGGAGCCCGACGCGGCGGCAAUGGUCGUGGACGCGGGGCUAACAAUGUCCAGUGGGGACAUCAUGAUGAAGGCAAUGGCUACGAUCGAGUGGCGUUUGCAGUCUCGUUCGAAUGUGGAGUUUCGACGAGCAAGGACGUGUAUGGAAUGUGGGCUUAUUGA